AUGGAACCCAGAGCGCAGAUAAAGGACUUUUCUUAUUGCUUGACGCCCGACUUAGACUUGCUGCUGCGAGUGAAAGUAUCAUCCUUGGAGGGCCGGCCACCCGAGCAUAGCUUCCUCGAACAAAUACAGGACCCUUAUCUAAGGUCGACCACAGGAACGAGUGCGCUUUCAGAUAUAUACGUAACAUGUCAACUAUUCGCCGACAACAAGCCGAUGACGUUGCCUAUGCGAACGGCCCAUCACUCAUUUACGAAUCACUGGACAUGGAACGAGUGCUUGACUAUUCCCAUCAAAUAUCGCGACAUUCCACUAGGCUCGCAACUGGCAUUCACGGUAUGGGAAGCAUACGCCCCGCGGAAGGCUAUACCAGUAGGCGGAGCGACGUUUAAGCUCUUUGGGAAGUACAAUACGCUAAGAAAGGGAAAGCAUAAGCUGUACAUGUGGCCCUGGACAGAGGCGGAUGGUCAGGAUGCAUCGAGCACGCCCAGUGACGCAGUUCAUGAGGGAGAUAUGGAUAGGAUUGAGAAGCUCAUGCGAAAGUAUGAAAGGGGAGAUAUGACGCGGCUCGACUGGCUGGACCACUUAACGUUUCGCGAAAUCGAGAGCAUCAAUAAGAAUGAGACCUCGAAGACAAAGCAUCUCUUCCUUUUUAUUGAUCUGCCACAAUUUGACUUUCCGCUGGUGUACGGCGAAAAGGAAUACCGCCUUCCCGUACCGCUCGCCCGUACCGUCGAAACCGAUCUACAGAUCAUCCCGGACCCCGAAGCCGCGCGAGAUAACCCGGUGGAGAACAAGCACAGGAAACUGGCCCGAAGCCAUCGCAACGGGCCUCUGGAUCGGGAUCUGAAGCCAAAUGCAAAGAUUCGCGAUGAGCUGAAUAAACUGCUUAGGUAUCCACCCUCCCAGACUCUGACGACGGAAGAAAAGGACCUUCUUUGGAAGUUUCGGUUUUAUCUGACAAGGGACAAGAAGGCGCUCACAAAAUUCCUUAAAUGCGUUGUGUGGACCGACCCAGUGGAAGCCAAGCAGGCUUCUGAGCUAUUGCAUGUCUGGGUCAACAUCGAUGUCGAGGACGCGCUGGAGCUGCUUGGCCCGACCUUUGAGAAUAACAAUGUCCGUGCCUACGCAGUUCUGCAGUUGCGGAAGGCGGAUGAUGAGGAUUUGCAACUCUUCCUUCUCCAACUCGUCCAAGCAUUAAAGUUUGAAGGCAUCGUGGAUAAGACAACAUUACAGAAUUCGCCAUUAGCCGAGUUCCUCAUCGAUAGAGCCAUCAAGAAUCCGAUCCUCGGCAACUACUUUUAUUGGUAUCUCAUGGUAGAGUGUGAAGAAAAACAAUGGCGAUCGAUGUAUGCCAAAGUGGCCUAUUACUUCAUGGAGACGAUGGUGCAAGUCCCUGAUGGGGUUGCCCGGAGAAAGACGUUGGAAAGGCAGGCUAAGCUGAUGGAGAUACUGUUGGAUCUCUCAAAGGCGGCGCGGUCGAAGGAGGCUCGGCCCAAGAAGGUUGAGACGUUGCGGAAUAUCUUGGCAGAUCCGAAGAAAGGGCUGUUAUCUUUCCCGCCUUUGCCGCUCCCGUUGGAUGCCCAAGUCCAAGUCAUUGGCAUCAUGCCUGACAAGGCGAACAUUUUCAAGAGCGCUCUGCAACCACUUCGCCUCACAUUCUCCUGUGUGGAUGGAGGAGAGUACACGAUCAUCUUCAAAACAGGAGAUGACCUGCGACAAGAUCAGCUAGUGGUCCAGAUCAUCACCUUGAUGGAUAAACUGCUGAGGAAGGAGAACCUGGAUCUGAAGCUCACGCCGUAUAAGGUCCUUGCGACGGGGUCUGAUCACGGCAUGGUGCAAUUCAUUCCCUCCCUCCCACUGGCGGCUAUCCUAGGGGAGUACGGUGGGACGCUCCUCAACUACCUGCGCGAGAAUAACCGCGGAGAUGCGGCCAAGCCCGCCAGCAUACCGCCAAUUGUUAUGGACACGUACAUUAGGAGUACCGCCGGCUACUGCGUGAUCACCUACCUACUCGGAGUAGGCGACCGGCACCUGGACAAUCUGCUUCUGACCGUAGGCGGCAACCUCUUCCACAUCGAUUUCGGCUUCAUCCUCGGCCGCGACCCCAAACCCUUCCCGCCGCCCAUGAAGCUCUCCCGCGAGAUGGUCGAAGCCCUCGGCGGUACCUCCUCACCAUCCUACCAGAAGUUUAAAGCGUACUGCUACGUCGCCUUCAACAUCCUCCGGAAGAACGCCAAUCUGAUCCUGAACUUGUUUUCGCUGAUGGUCAAUGCGAACGUGCCUGAUAUUGCGAUUGAGCCGGAUAAGGCGGUUUUGAAGGUCCAAGAGAGGUUCAUGUUGGAUUUGACAGACGAGGAAGCGAUACAGCACUUCCAGACGCUCAUAAACGAGAGCAUGGGGGCCAUGUUUCCCCAAGUCAUGGAGAAGAUUCAUCAAGUAGCGCAGCUUCUUCGCAGCUAG